ACGAAACAAACGCCACACUCUUCUCCAGCUCUGAAUUUAUAUCAUCAGAAAUGGAGUAUUUUUCUUUGAAACGGUCGACUGCUGCAGAUCAGGGACAGUCGAACCUUUCCAGUAAGGUCUACGUGCGCUCAACAAAGAGUGGCAAGGUCCAAAAGAUUGUCCGAGAAGUCUACUUGCGGCAAGAUAUACCAUGUUCGUCGAAUCUGUGCCGGGCAUGUCUUGAGAUUGCUCCUACAGAUUACUCACAGAAAGUUUCACCGUUCGUGCUUUCUGAUACUCCUGCUGGGUCAAAGAAAUUCCCCAAUGGCCAAUAUCUGGUUCCAGAUACGAAUGCGUUCCUCACUGGAAUGGACCUUUUUGAAUUAGAGACAGCAUUCCACGAUGUUAUCGUACUGCAGACGGUACUGGAAGAAGUCAAGAACCGGUCACUACCUCUCUAUCACCGCCUCAUUGCCUUGACCAAGAAUGAAGGCAAACGCUUCUACGUCUUUUUCAACGAAUUUCGACAAGAGACAUUUGUCACGCGUGAUUCCGGUGAAAGCAUCAAUGAUCGGAACGAUCGUGCCGUCCGAAAGGCGGUUCAAUGGUAUAACCAGCAUAUCGCCGCAGCAGUCGCCGCUAAGAGUCCACUAUCAAAGAGGAUCCCAUCUGUAGCCAUGAUAACAGACGACCGGGACAACCUGAGAAAAGCCAAAGCCGAUGGGAUCCCCGCCCUAACCUUGUCGGAUUUCGUAUCUGGACUUGAAAAUGCAGAUGAGCUCCUCGAUAUGAUCAGUGCCGCCCAGGAGCAGAGAGAGGUGCGGUCAAAGAAGGCAGAAAUGUUCUACUCUGAGCAUUAUAGCAUAUCGAAGAUGAUGACAGGGGUUAAGGCGGGGACUUUGCAUCAAGGCAUAUUCAACGUUUCUCCAUACAACUACCUAGAAGGCUCCGUCCACGUUCCAGCUUUCGACAAAUCACUUCUGAUUCUUGGCCGCGAAAACAGCAAUCGCGCAGUUUCUGGGGACGUUGUAGUUGUCGAAAUUCUCCCUAAAGAUCUGUGGAAAACGCCAUCUACCAAAAUUAUCGAGGAGGAGACCGUCAACAAGAACGACAAUGCUGAAGCCGACGAUGGGGAAAAUGUGACAUCGGAGAGAGAGCGAAAGGCUCUACAAGAGGAGGUCAAGCGUGUUCAUGGACAGACUGCCGAGGGCCGACCGCAGCCAACAGCUCGAGUGGUGGGAAUCAUCAAGCGUAAUUGGAGACAGUACGUAGGCCACAUCGACAGAGACUCAGUCCGAUCGACUUCAAAGUCAAGCCGCCAACAACAAACUGUAUUCCUUGUCCCCAUGGAUAAGCGCAUUCCCAAAAUCCGCAUAAAGACCCGUCAGGCUGGAGAGUUGCUGGGACAGCGUGUUCUAGCAACGAUCGAUUCAUGGGACCGUGACUCACGUUAUCCCGUUGGCCAUUUCGUUCGAUCCCUUGGUGAACUCGAAUCGAAAGGUGCCGAGACGGAAGCGCUUCUUUUGGAAUGGGACGUCCAGUAUAAGCCAUUCCCGAAAACAGUAUUGGAUUGCUUACCGGCUGAAGGGCACGAUUGGAAAGUGCCAGCAAGCACGGAUGACCCGGGUUGGAAGAAUCGAAAGGACCUCCGUGAUCUGCUUGUAUGCAGUAUCGAUCCACCAGGCUGCGUUGACAUCGACGAUGCUCUACACGCCACCAAGUUGCCAAACGGAAACUUCCACGUCGGAGUGCACAUUGCAGAUGUAUCACAUUUCGUGAAGCCUAAUAAUGCCAUGGACAAAGAGGCUAGCCAGCGAGGCACGACCGUUUACCUUGUCGACAAACGUAUCGACAUGUUGCCGAUGCUUCUUGGAACCGACCUUUGCUCUCUAAAGCCCUACGUCGAGCGUUACGCCUUUUCAGUCCUGUGGGAAAUUACUCCAGACGCCGACAUCGUUUCUGCCAAUUUCACCAAGUCAGUCAUUCGGUCACGAGAAGCGUUCAGUUAUGAGCAGGCCCAGAUACGGAUAGACGAUAAGUCACAGCAGGAUGACCUCACUAAUGGGAUGCGGACGCUGUUGAUGCUAUCAAAGAAGCUCAAGCAGAAGCGUAUGGAUGCAGGAGCACUCAACCUUGCUUCUCCCGAAGUAAAGGUCCAAACCGAGUCCGAGACCUCCGAUCCUGUUGAUGUCCAAACCAAGAGGCUGCUCGACACCAAUUCCCUUGUCGAGGAGUUCAUGUUGCUCGCCAACAUCAGCGUGGCGGGCAAGAACUACGAGGCAUUCCCACAAACUGCGCUCCUGCGUCGCCAUGCCGCACCACCGAAAACGAACUUCGAAGAGCUCGGCAACCAACUCAAAGUCAAGCGAGGCCUCGAGCUGCGAACCGACAGCUCCAAGGCCCUCGCCGACUCGCUCGACAAGUGCGUAGAUGCCAAUGAACCCUUCUUCAACACGCUCGUCAGGAUCAUGGCCACGCGAUGCAUGAUGUCCGCCGAGUACUUCUCCGCCGGCACGCAGGCCUUCCCCGAGUUCAGACAUUACGGCCUCGCCAGUGAGAUCUAUACGCACUUCACGUCGCCCAUCCGUCGAUAUGCUGACCUCGAGGCUCAUCGUCAGCUCGCCGCCGCCAUCGACUACGAAACUCUGGACCCGUCCCUGCAGGUCAAGUCCAAGCUGGAGGGCGUGUGCAAGAAUAUCAACGUCCGACAUCGCAAUGCCCAGAUGGCGGGUCGCGCCUCCAUCGAGUACUACGUCGGACAGGCUCUGAAAGGAAAGGACAUCGUGGAGGAGGGAUUCAUCAUGAAGAUUUUCUCCAACGGAUUCGUAGUGUUCGUUCCACGCUUCGGCAUCGAGAGCCUGAUCAGGCUGCGGGAUCUGGCCACGCCGGAGCCGGAUGCCGAGUUCGACGCGGAGAAUUACGUCCUGAAUGUCAAGGGAGAGGUGAACAGGAGCGUGGAGCUCUUCGAGAAGGUACAGGUGCGGAUCACGGAUGAGAUCGAGGAGUCUACUGGGAAGAGGAAGGUCAAACUGACCUUGGUGUAAAAUUAACUAGACAGACACAAAACCGUAUGUCCGUAGUAAUGAUCAUGAUAGAUAAGAACAAGAUUC